GCAAGAUUUAACACCCAAAUCAAGAAUACAAUAGUUAUUUAGUUUAACUGAAAGAAAUUCAACUGCACUGCUUAAUACACUGCUUUAUCUUCUGUGGUGGGUUUCAAUUGGGUUGUUUACACUAGAUGGUCUUUUUUGGUCAUGGUGCCUGGAAUGUGAGGUUUGUACCCUGUCGAGGCCAUUGUUAUUAACUGGCUCAUGAGCUUAUGACAUGCGACAACACUCCCCGCCAAAUAGUUUCAUUUCACGAUUACACUUUGGCAAUCCAUCGUGGGCCAGUACGAACACGGCGCAUAUAGGCUAUUAGCUAUAAAAGUUAAUAUAUCAACAAAAUAACCAACAAAAGCUCGCGCUUCAUAGCACCAUCGCCACCAGUAUUCAAUCAACGCGCAUCACGACGCGCCGGCACCAUGCCUCCAAAACGAACGGCGGCGGCGCCGCGACACAAACCGCGCGAGAACAUGUAUUUUGAGCCAGGUGUUCGUGGAAGGAAAACCGGAUUGACCGUCCCAGAUAGUGGCAUUCGCGACGAGUAUGGAAUCGAACCAAUGGACGAAUUAUUUUCGUCGCCCGCGAAACUACAGCCCUUAUCUAGCUCGACCAGGAAGUCCGCGAUGAAGAAAAGCGCAAACACGACCUUGACGAGCGAGGAGGAUAUGGAUGUUGGGCAAAGCACAAUCCCAGAGCCAAGCGCCGUACUCACAGAGAGGAAAAGAGUUAGCAUGCGCAUGCCGCCUCCGCGGUCAAAAUCUCCGGUGAAAACAUUUCUGCAGUCGCCGGCAAGGCGGCACCCUUCCUUGGGCCCGGUAUCGUCUCCAACGCGCGGCUCGGUCGUAUCGCCAUCUCGAGUACGGUCUCAACCCCAGGUUGCGCGCCGGCUUGACUUCUCAACUGAUGAUUUGGAUGGAAAUGCACCACAAAGGCUUGCCCAUGUUUCGCCGAAAAGGACGUCGCAACGGAAUCUAGUAUCCUCUAGCCCGGCGAAACGACCCACCGGCGGAAGUUCCGCAAAAAAGUCACUGAAGCCCGCUUUUCAGUCCCAGGAAGAGUCGGAAGAGGUGCAGGGAAGCCGCCUAUUUGACCUCAGUUCGUCGCGUGAUGUCGAAGACGAUUAUGAACCCAUAAAUGUCGACCAAGCCAUAGGCUCGCCAGAGCCAGAGAGAGAGGAGACACCACGAGAGCCUACACCUCCACCCUCUAAGAAGAGAGGACGCCCACCGAAACAGAACAAACCUGAGCCAUCUAAGGAUGCGGAUGUUGACGAAGACCAAGACGAGCGGCCCGCAAAGAAGCAGCGUGGCCGCCCUACAAAGGAGGCAGCUCAAAAGGCGCAACCUAAGCCAAAACCAAAGCAAGCAACUAGAUUACAAAAACAACCAGCAGCCGAUUCUUCGCCAGCGCAAAUACAACGGGGACCACCGAGACCUAGACAGAACGGACUCUUUAUCCUUCGACGGGAAACACCUGAACUUGGAAAUUUUGCGACAACUCGAUCUGGUAGGGCUUCCAUAAAGCCGGUUGCUUACUGGAAGAAUGAGACUAUUGUGUAUGGCGAAGACGAUACCGCAGAUGCCGAUGCAAGCUUCCUUCUCCCAACAAUUAAGGAGGUCAUUCGCCACGACGAUGUAGAAAAGGAGACAUCGAAAAGGGGCAAAAAGAGGGGCCCGAGGGCCCACAAGAGAGAAGAAGAGGAGGAGGAUGCGUCUGAACCGUGGGAAUCUGAACCAGGGCGGAUAUAUGGCGCUAUUAGGGCCUGGAACCCCGACGAUCCAACGGGCGCAGAGUCUGCUGAUGUCGAGGACGAAAUUGCGUUCUCUAAUGCUGCUAUUAUAACUAGGGAAAUCUCUGGUUCUACUGUCAAGUUUGCCAAGAUCCUCACAUUGCCCUUCUUUGGAUGUGGCAUGGUUGACCUGCCGCCUGGUGCUGUUAAGAAACCGAAGAACGCCAGAAAGAUGCAGAUGGUAUUUUUUGUACAUAAGGGGAGGGUAGUCGUCACUGUCGGCGAUAAUGAUCCGUUUCGAAUUGGGACGGGAGGGAUGUGGCAGGUUCCGAGAGGAAAUUUAUAUAGUAUUGAAAAUGACUCCGACAAGACGGCACGCGUCUUCUUCUCCCAAGGGUGCGAGGUGGAAGAAGUGGAGUAGAGCAGAUAUGCAACGGAAUCAGGAGUCAUUGUUUGCGUCUUUCUAAUAUAUGGGUCUGUUACGGCUGGCUCAAAGCGAGGAGUUGUGGAUGGGAAUGGGAAGGUGGCACCAAUACCAAAUUUGGCCACACUUACUUUUUGGUGGCAUAUUAUUUGUUUUUUGGUAGUUCUGCUACGAAGCAAAAACAGCGCAUGGAACCUGCAGGUCUCCUAUUUGAUGCUGUACUUUCAUGAAUGAAACCAUUGUGGAUUCCUGCUUGAUAACUCUAUUCUACACCUGUCUCCCAUUCUCUCUCUACGGUUUAACUGCG